AUGAUUAGAAUCGUCCUUGUCUGCCUGUCUGCCCGCUCGCCUGCCCGCUUGUCCGCCCGCUCGCCUGCCUGCCUGCUCGCCCGCCCGCUUGCCUGCCUGUCCGCCAGUCUAUGGGAAUAUCUUUACGAUGUCCGACCCGAAUCCACCCUCCUGCUUGUGCAGCAGCUCCAGCAAGAGCUCCAAAACCAGCGCCUUGAUAUUCAAAACCAGCGUAAUGAAAUACAGCAACUACGUGCGGACCUUGAUGCUUCCCGAACAGAUGUCCACCAGCUUCGUACGCAGCUUCUUUCCGUCCAGACACCCAGAUCCCGCCUGCCAGAUCCGCCUCGCUUUAACGGUAAACCAUACACGCUUCGCACAUGGCUCCCGUCAAUUAAAGCAAAACUUCGAUCAGACCAGCUCGUAGGAGCUGAUGCUUUUGACUAUGUAUGGGAUCGACUAGAACAGUCUCAGCAAGCUUCUGUCCUGCACCUCCGCCAAUCUGCCGAAGAAAACCAGCUAUGGGAUCCUGAAGUUAUUUUCUCUUUUUUUCAGCGUCUAUGCCAUAACCCACGGGAACAGCAGGAGGCUAUUCAGCGCUUUACUUCUAUACAACAGAGGGAUGACGAAUCGCUUAUCGCCUACCUUGCUCGUUUUGAACGACUUUCAUAUGAAGCCAAUAGUACCGAUCGGCGUACCCGUCCUAGUCCAAAAUCAGCCCCGAAACCAGCUUUGACCCCGAAUACAGACCCAAUGGAUACUGAUCCGGUCCGAGUCAACUCAGUUAAAAUAAACCCCAAUCCUGUUCAUGUUGGCUCUGUGAGAGUAGCCCGAGCUGCUUCGCCUGUUUUAUCUGAUUCUUCUCAUGAAUCCACCACCUCUGACCGCCGCCGUUUCCGACUUGCGAAUAAUUUAUGCCUUUACUGCGGUUCUAAUGAUCAUUGGAUCGCAGACUGCGAUGCCCGCUCUACUUUGUCUGAUACUUCCGAGAAACCUCCGAAAAAGCUUACAGCCCGCGCCAGCAACCCGCCUCGCUAUUAG